UACGAAACCUGCAUGUGUAUAAAAGCGCAACCAUCCUCCCGCAAACUAGAAACCACGACAAGGGCUCAAACACUCAUCAAGGGGGGAACUCUACUCGCCUGACAGCCAAUCCCCGCUGCAGCAUUCCAGACAAGAAGACGCUCCUGUAAGCCGAUCAGCUCGGAAUUAAAGCAGGACACUCACAGAGGAGAUAAACAAACAGGACAAGAAACUCACAUCUUCGCUUUUAUUUCUGUUACAGAAGAAAAAAACGGAAGAUGAUGAUGCAGCCCGCAGAAACCCGCGCCCAGAAAAACUCCCUUUUCAACGCCAUGAACCGCUUCAUCGGUGCCGUCAACAACAUGGACCAGACCGUCAUGGUGCCCAGCCUGCUGCGGGACGUCCCACUGGAAGAGGACAGGGAGUUGAGCUCCCUGAAAUCAGUCGAGGACGAGGGGGACAUGUACAGCUACUAUCAGCUGCUCAAGUCCAUCCGCAGGGACAUCGAGUGGGGGGUCAGGUGCGCCGCAGCCGAUGAGAGGCGCAAGGAGAGCAUGAAGAUCACCCGCAUGAAUUCGUCCGCAUCCACCUCCUCAUCCUCCUCCUCCGCAUCAUUAUCAUCAGAGGAGGAAGAGGAAGAGGACGACGAUCUGCAGAAACAGUUCCAGUACCACUUGACCGGACUGCAAGGGGUGCUGUCCAAGCUCACACUGCAGGCCAACUCUCUCACCAAGCGCUACAACCAGGAGAUUGGAGGAUGGGGCCAUUAAGAUCGGAACCUACAGAAAUUGAAAGACGGGAUUUUUUUUAUUUUUUUUUAUUGGACUGGCCUGACUUCUCUCAACGGGUCUUGUUUUGCUGCUGCUGUUACUACUGAUGAAAUUUGUGGGCAAACAUUUGAAUGAUAAAGAAAAAAAAAAUUGCUCAUUUCUCCUGCACGGUGUUGGACUACUCUGUGGUAUUAUUGACUGUAGAUGUGUUGACCAUGAUGAAUGCAUUUGUGUACUCAAAAACCAAACUUAUGUUUUGCACUCCAAAGUUUUUAACACAUCAUGCAUUCAGCGGCUGUGAUACGCAGAUGAAACAUAUUUAAAACCUUUAUUUAAUGUAUAAUUUAUUACUUUGCACUGUAUUGUUUAAGAGUCAAAUGUUAUUUCAAAGUCGGAGAAAAAUUGGACUGUAUGAACUACAGGACCUGUGGUCUGAACCGCCCCUCUGAGGGGGAUAUACUGACAAAAGAUUUAGCUUCCUGUUUGUGUUGCUGAUGAUGUCAGUGUGUUUAGAUGCAUUUGUCUGUGUAUGACCAGUGUUCCUUCAAAUCUGAUGUGUCUGUGUCUUUAAAUUGGGCUUUCAUGGAAGGAGGCAGAUGCUAACUGUAAAGCUGCCUGUGAUCUCCCAAUGCCCUACAUGACCAAUGAACCAGAAUCAACUGCUAUUGCUUCUGUAUAGAGAAACAUGAGGGUUUCCACAAGAUACAUUGUUGUUAUUGUAUUGUCAUUUAUUUGCUACUAUUAGUGGAUUAUUGGACAUGCCAAUCUGUCCAAAGUAAGCAAAUGCUUUUGUAUGCACCUUUUGCGCCAUUUUCACUGAUUUGUGUUUCUAAAAAUAAACUUUUAUAUGAACUGAC